AAGCUCUGUUUUUCCUCUGUCACUUUGCUGCUUUAUGCCGAUUUGAUCGUACAUUUAAAGUAAAAAACUAUUUCGGUAUAAAAUGUAUACGAGUAGUUUGAUAAUGUAAAGGAUACAUUUUACUACUGAAAAUUUACAUAUUUACAAAAGUGCGGAACAAAAAGGGAUUUAGAAAAAGAAAACACCGACAAACCAAUGUGAAUAGUUUAAUUCAAUGAUUAUCAUGUUUUACUUUAAAGCAAAACAAUAAAUUAUUAUAAUUUAGAAACGAAUAGAAGUCUUUUCUACUGUGUAAGAGUGCACAAAAAAAUUACAAAUUUUGUCGGUUAAAUACAUACACCAAGAGGAUAUAAUGGCAAUCAAGCUGAAUUUCUAUGUCGCCUUUAUGUUUUUGUUUACAUAUUAUUUUAAAGAGGUCGAUUCCCUAGUGGAAUUUACAAACGUACAGUGCGAAUCUCUGGAUAAGGACUUCGCCUUAUUUGAAUAUUGUAUCCUGAAAUCUGUUAACCGAACAUACAAAUAUGUAUCCGGUAAAGUUAAACUACUAAAAACGCCCAUAACCAAAAUUAAGAUACGAUUUGGUCUCUAUAAACGUUUGAAUGGCUACAAGCCUUUUCUCUACAAUAUGACUUUAGACGUGUGCAGAUUCCUAAACUCGUCGAAUCGCAAUCCGGUUGCCUCUUACUUUUACAGUUGGUUCAAGGACUAUUCUAAUAUAAACCACUCUUGUCCAUAUGACCAUGAUAUUGUGCUGGAUAAGAUGCCAUAUCAUAGUGUAAAUAAUAAGCUCACAAAAAUACUUCCCUUUCCGGAGGGAAAAUAUAUGAUUGAAUGUCACUGGAUAGCCUACGACAUUAAUCGAGCUAUAACUAAGUUCUAUUGGACACUUACUUGAUAAUAUAAGCAAUCAAAAUUUAUAACAAUAUAAUUGGAAUGCAAGUAAUGAAUCAUAAACUUAAAGACGAGCUUAAUUAAGAAUGUAUUUAGAUAUAUUUGUGUAUUGGUGGUGGAUGAUGUAACUAUCAGAUACCCAUUACGCCGCUAGUGGGAUUGCGAUGUAGUAUUAAAAUGCUCAAAUAAAAUGUAACUUUCGUUAUUUCAGUUACAGUAAA